AUGUUGUUCGUAACGGUGCUGCUACUGGCGCAUUUUGUCUCCGCGGCCUACGAGCUGGAUCCUAACUCGACGGCUUCCAUCGUCUCUGUAGGCAAGCAAAUGGCUGCAGACAUGUUGUCCUUCUACGACGGUGACAAACCAGGCGGUACACCGGGUCUUUUACCAGCACCGUACUACUGGUGGGAGGCCGGUGCUAUGAUGGGAACUCUGGUUGAUUACUGGUAUUACACGGGCGAUGAGCAGUACAACAAACUUGUACAAGAAGCGCUCCUCUUUCAGGUCGGUGAUGACAACGACUUUAUGCCGCGAAAUCAGACCGUGACAGAAGGGAAUGAUGACCAAGGUUUCUGGGGUCUAGCUGUCAUGAGUGCCGCCGAGUACAAGUUUCCAGAUCCCCCAGAGGAUAAACCGCAGUGGUUAGGUCUAGCACAAGCAGUCUUUAAUACGCAGGCUGCUCGAUGGGAUACGGAGCACUGCAAUGGCGGUUUGCGUUGGCAGAUUUUCAAAUGGAACACGGGAUUCGAUUACAAAAACUCCAUCUCACAAGCAUGCUUUUUCGCGCUUGGUGCCCGACUGGCCUUGUAUACGGGGAACGACUCUUAUGCCGAGUGGGCCGAGAAGACGUGGGAUUGGAUGGUUGGCAUUGGCUUCAUCGACCAGGAUUGGCGCGUCAUUGACGGUGCGCAUGUUGGUACGAAGUGCACCGAUCAUGUGCCCUAUCAGUUCUCGUACAAUGCUGGAGGCUUCCUUCUCGGUGCUGCUGCAAUGUACAAUUACACCGAGAAGCCCAUCUGGAGGCAAAGGUUGGAUAGUCUGCUGGACGGAAGCAAGGUGUUCUUUACAGGGCCCGAGAAAAACAUCAUGACAGAAGUGGCAUGCGAAGCAGUCCAUCGAUGUAACCUGGAUCAACAAUCCUUCAAGGCCUUCCUCGGCCGCUGGUUGGCCGCAAUCACCAAGUGGGCACCGCACACGUACGAUUUCGUGAUGCCGUAUCUUCGCGCCUCUGCCGUAGCUGCGGCCAAGCAAUGUGUCGGAGGCGACAACAAGCGCAUGUGCGGUUUGAAAUGGAACCAGGACAAGUACGACGGGACGACUGGCGCGGGCCAGCAGAUGGCGGCACUGUCGGUAACCCUGGCGUGCAUGGUGAAGAAUCGGCCCUCGCCAGUCACUCAACACAGUGGUGGCACCAGCAAGGGCAACCCAGGCUCGGGCGGGAGCGACAUUGGGCGCGACGAACCUGCUCCUCCCGUGUACCGGCCGCUCACCGCGGGUGACCGAGCUGCAGCUGCGAUUUUGACCGCCGGGAUUCUCGUCGGCAUGCUCGGCGGCAUCGGAUGGCUCUUGGGAGAUGAGACAUUGGACAAGUCUGCUUUACAGCAAGUCCGGAGCUGUCGAGGCUCUGCUUCCGCGGCCGUUGGCGCGGCUGCUAGGGCGACAGCUACUGCCGGGUUGCGACUGGUCCGCCGGCAUCAUCAAGCUGUGGAUAGGAAGACUGUUGUUGCCAGGGUCGGCACAAUAACAAACACCGUAUCUCAAGGUCAAGCAGAUGGGACAACAGUUCAAGCUCGUGAAGCAGCAGACGCAAAGGCAUAG